AACUUGUAAGAGUAUGGGAAGAUGGUUAUUAUCUGUUUGUCCUCCAAGUUGUUCCAGUUCAAAGAGAAUUCUACGGUGUCAUGGGCCUCGUUUACAUCUUCUUUGGUAUAUUUUGGCUGGUUUUGUUGGCCUGUAAUUGGAGAGACUUGCUGAGGGUGCAGUUCUGGAUUGGAGCUGUUAUAUUUCUUGGUAUGCUGGAGAAGGCAGUGUUCUUUGGUGAAUAUGAGAACCUGAAUAAGACAGGGCAGUCAGUGAGAGGAGCUAUCAUUGUGGCUGAGCUGGUGUCUUGUUUGAAAAGAACACUGGCCAGAAUGUUAGUCCUCAUUGUCAGCCUGGGCUAUGGCAUUGUCAAACCAAGACUUGGCCAAACAUUCCAUAAAGUGCUGUUUGUAGGAGGUGUCUUUUUUAUUCUUGCCUCAAUUGAAGGUUGCUCAAGAGCUUUGUCGGGUCGAGCCGAUCAGUCAGUGAAGCUUCUUGUAGCCAGUGUUCCUUUGGCUGUCACAGAUGCCAUCAUUUCAUCUGUGGCCUACAUGAUCUGGUUCAUGACUGAGCAUCGUUUAAAAGAAUGUAUAACAGACUGGAGGGAGCUGUGGAUUGAUGAUGCCUUUUGGCAUCUGCUGUUUUCAGUCAUUCUCUUUGUUAUCAUGAUUCUGUGGAGGCCAUCAGCAAAUAAUCAGAGAUAUGCUUUCUCUCCACUUCUCGAUGCAGCGGAUGAUGAUGAUUUGGAUGAUGAGCAAACACUGAGUGAUGCUUAUGAGGGAAUGAAAAUGAGGUCAACUAAUUCACAGCAACGAAAUGGGUCACCAAGAGUCAAGGAUGACAAAGGGGAAGAUGAUUUGAAAUGGGUUGAGGACAAUAUACCAACAUCUCUGGCUGAUCGAGUACUGCCGGCUCUUGAUUCAGAUGAAGAAAUCAUGAAUACGAAAUUUGAAGUUUCAAAGAUGGAAUAA